AUGACCUACGAUAAUGCGAAUGAAUUUUUUGGUGAAGAUGAAAAGAUUAUCUUGACUACUUUUUUAUACCCGCUUAUCUCCAUUAAUUUAUUUAACAAAUCUGCAAUUGCAGAAGCAGAUUUAAAAUAG